AUGUCUUCAGCGCAGCCUCUUAAGGUUCCAGCAACUCCAUCCAAAUCCAAUGAAAUGGAUAAAGAUAAAACACCUGCUGCUAACAAAAAGCAGAUGCCUUCUAAAUUAGGCACCAUUGCCCCCAACGAUAUCUCCAGCCCUCAUGAGUUGACAGCGUUUGUAGAAACACUUUUAGAGCAACUGGAUUCUAAGUUUGAUGAUAUGUCAACUCAGAUCCUAGACAGAAUGAACCAAAUGUCUACACGUGUAGAUGCUUUGGAAGCAUCGAUACAAGAUAUCAUUAAUGGAGAUGUUAAUGUGCCUCAAUCUCCUGCACCGGGUGCGAUUAGGAGAACCGACAGUGGUCUACAAUAA